GCCGUUUAGAAAGAAGGGGGCAGUUAAACUCGUUACUCUGGUGGCUUCAACUCUGACUCCAAGACACUGCAACAAACAGCCAUUGCCUACAAGUCUCCAGAGCUUGUCUUUGCCUCAGAUGGAGCCCAAAGAAGCCACUGGGAAAGAGAACAUGGGCACCAAGAAGAAGAAUCUGACCUUCUUAAGGCCCAGGCUCUAUAUGCUGGAGAGAAGGAAGACUGACACAGUGGUUGACAGCAGUGUUUCUGGGGACCACUCUGGUACCUUGAGGAGGAGCCAGUCUGACAGGACGGAAUACAACCAGAAACUUCAAGAAAAGAUGACUCCCCAGGCCGGGGCUUCUGCCACUGAGACCCUAACUCCGGAGGAGCACCAGGUGCAGAGAAUGAUGGCAAAGCGUUCGAAAAUCAUUAAGGAGCUGAUACAGACGGAAAAAGACUACCUCAAUGAUCUCGAGUUGUGCAUUAGGGAAGUGGUUCAGCCCUUGAGAAAUAAACAGAUUGAUCGGCUGGACGUGGAUAGCUUGUUUAGCAACAUUGAAUCAGUGCAUCAGAUAUCAGCCAAACUGCUGUCAUUGCUGGAAGAGGCCACAACAGACGUGGAACCAGCCAUGCAAGUAAUCGGAGAAGUAUUCUUGCAGAUUAAAGGACCACUGGAAGAGAUUUAUAAAAUCUACUGCUACCACCAUGAUGAGGCGCACAGCAUACUGGAAUCCUAUGAAAAGGAAGAAGAGCUGAAGCAACAUUUGAGCCACUGUAUCCAGUCCUUAAAGAAAAUAUACAUGCAAGAAGGCAAACCAAACUUACUGGACAUGGGCUCUUUGAUGAUCAAACCAAUCCAGCGUGUAAUGAAAUACCCCCUCUUGCUGUGUGAACUUCGAGGCUCCACUCCACCCUCCCACCCAGACUUCAGGGCACUGGGAGAUGCCUUCACUGCAGUGAAAGACAUUAAUGUGAACAUCAAUGAACUUAAAAGACGGAAAGAUUUAGUUCUAAAAUACAAGAGGAAUGAUGAGGAUGAAUCACUUAAAGAUAAAUUGUCUAAACUAAACAUUCAUUCAAUUAGCAAGAAAUCAAAAAGAGUGACAAAUCACCUAAAGAUUCUGACCAGAGGAGAGCCACAGGUGAAAGACAAUACCUUCAAUAGAGAAGAAAAGCUGUUCAGAUGUUUAGAAAAGACGGUGAGACACUGUAUGAAGAACAUUACACUCUGUCAUCAACAUAUCCAGGAUGCCAUGCCCUUAGCGCUGCAGAGUGUGAUGGCGCUGCAGGAGAUCUCAUGCAACAAAGAUAAGGAGGAGAGGAGCCAUUCGGAGACCCCAAGUAAUGCCCCCAAUCCCUGCAGUGACUUUGCAGCCCAUUUACAGAGGCUUGUCCUGAUGCCCCUGUCGGCCCUGCUGUCCUUAUUCACGGGGCCGCAGAAGCUCAUCCAGAAACGCUAUGACAAACUGCUGGACUGCAACAGCUCCCUGCCACGGGUAGCCGGAGAUGAGACAGACUUGGCCAAAAAGGAGUACGAGGCCCUCAAUGCCCAGCUCGUGGAGGAGCUCCAGGUGUUCAACCAGGCUGCUCGAAAGAUCCUGUGGAACUGUCUGUGCAGUUUCAUGGCUCUCCUCAGAGACCUGACCUUCGCGGCUCAGCAGGUUUAUUCCACCGUGGCGCCGGUACCACAGUUGGACUCAAGAAUCUCUGAAAUUCAGAAUCAAGUGCUAGAAGAGGUUCAAAAUCUUAAUUUUGUGAAGGACAACAGUGCCACUUUUAUUGAGAGGAAACUUAGUUUUGAAAAGAAGAAGUCUGUGCAAAUUCUGCCAGAAGUGCCCCGUCAAACUGACAUUCACCGCUCCAAACUACUAUCCACAUACAGUAAAGAAGAACUCUACCAAGCGAAACGCAAGUGUAACGCUACCCAAGAAUAUGACAUCAAUCUUCUGGAAGGGGAGUUGGUGGCUGUGGUGGAACAGAAGGAUCCACUGGGGAGUACAAGCAGGUGGCUUGUUGAUACAGGAAUUAUAAAAGGAUAUGUGUAUUCCUCCUUCUUAAAACGCUACAAUCCAGCGAAAGUACAGAAGGUGGACACUGAGAACAGGUUUGGUGAUGACGAUUUUGAUAACCUCAGCCUCUUCGUGUCCUCGCGGCCAGCUACUGACAGUGUCACAGGCACCCCAGAAAGUAGCAUAAGUGAUAGUAGCUCAUCUCUUAGUGGUACAUGUGGGAAGUUUGAAACAAAUGGCACGGAUGUUGACAGUUCUCAAGAGGUAGAGGAACAGAUUUUCUAUGCAGUUCAUGCCUUUCAAGCACGAAGUGACCAUGAACUCAGCCUUCAGGAAUAUCAAAGAGUACACAUCCUUAGAUUUUGUGACCUAAGUGGCAAUAAAGAGUGGUGGUUAGCUGAAGCUCAGGGGCGGAAAGGAUAUGUGCCAGCUAACUACCUUGGGAAGAUGACUUAUGCUUAAGAAAAGAAGCCUCAAGUUAUGGACUACCUCAUAAAACUUACAUUAUAAAAUGUUGGUCUAGAAGUUAAGA